AUGGACUCUACCAUGCGAGAAGCAGGGAAGGAGCACGGGCCGCUGUUGGCGGAUCAACGCGUACUCGAGCGCGAGAUCGAGAGCGUAGUGAAGAUUAUCUCCAGGUCGGAGAUGUCUACCGUGUGGCUACAGCAGCGCGACCGGACGGGCGAGGCUAACACGGUCAGCAAAGCUCGACGGAAUCUACGGCGGCUCUACGCCCGCGCCCGAUCAACGUGGGCGUUGUCGCGCACGCAGCCCUCCUACCCGGACGCAACAAGCCUCCCCGCCGGAAAUCCCCUUAUGCGCGUCGGACUGGGGGGGCUAAUGUCUCCCAGGGACUGCAACACUAUCGUCCGUGAAGCGCUUCAAGUCGACGAUUGGACGCCGUGGGACGGGGACCUGGGGAAGCACGCCUUGGGGACCAGUCUCGAGAAGCUUCCGCGCUCUCGCGCGCUCUGGGACGGGAAGGCGGGAGACAGGGUCCGCGCGCGCGUCGCCGGGUUGUACGGCGUCCAAGAGAGUAGUAUCGUCGUGAACGCGUUGUUCGUGUGCAAGGUCGGGUUGAACGUUGACGGGCUGCGGGACGAAGUCCUGCGGGAAGGACAAGGGCGGUCAGUAGGGACACUUCAUGAAGCCGUGGACAGGGCAGCGGCAGCAUCAGCGAAACUUCAGCAGCAGCAGCGGCAGCGGCAGCGGCAGCAGCCGCAGCUCUCGAUCGAGGCGAGCGACUUCAGACGGAGUAGAUCGCUACUCACGUUCUCCGUGGCCAUAAGCACCGAAGACGCCCUCCUGCCGUGCCCCUGGGCGGUGUGCUUGGAGCAGCGCGGGGAGUGCUUUCGGCCAGGAGGCCAAGGGACGGGGGUCAUAUUCUCUGGAAAACUUCGCCACGCGUCCUUGAGAAUACCUCACGGGGCUGGCGCGCCGGCGAGUAGCGGGAACAGCGAAAGGCCUAGGCAAGACCACCCGCCGGCGCUGCUGCUGAGGGGGUUCGCUAAUAUUCGACACCCGUUGGUGGCGGAGGGGUCCGCUCGGUGGCAAUGGGGCUCGCCCGCGUGGCACAUAGACGCGCCUUGGAUCAGAGAUCAGGACAUCCUGGAUCGGGUUUGGGUGGCCGGCGGGACGGACCUCGGUGCCGAAGCGGCCGACGGGAGGCAUCCACCGCCGGCGGGCGGUGCGGCAGCAGCUUCGGAAGCCGGGACAGCACCCGCGGGUGUCGACCCCCCGCGGAGCAACUACCUCCAACGGAUGAACACCACCCUGGCACACCGGUACUACCGCCAAGGGUUGGCGGGCAUGGACGUCCCCGUCGUGGACUCUGCCGGGCGCCCGGUGAUUGACCUCGUCGAGGACGGGGGGGGGGGGUCCUCUUUGUGGCGGCGGGGGGUUAUCGGCGCCGACAAGCCGGGCGAGGUUACUCUGAAAGCCGUGCUUCGAAGGCGUUUCCCUUGGUCCCGGCGGCGACAGGUNGGGGGGGGGGUGUCCUCUUUGUGGCGGCGGGGGGUUAUCGGCGCCGACAAGCCGGGCGAGGUUACUCUGAAAGCCGUGCUUCGAAGGCGUUUCCCUUGGUCCCGGCGGCGACAGGUGGGGAAGGCGGGCCUGAGCACCGCCGCGGGCGCCUCUCCCCGCAUGGACGCGGCGCUGCAACAGCUGUUCGGGUCUUCUUCUACGUCCUACGCCGCCGCGGCAGCAAGAAGGGAGCAGGUCGUCGCGGGGGACUCGCCGCUGGCGGCACGGCAGCAGGUGUCCCCGCUCGUGGGUGUCACGGUGCCGCCGAUCAAGUACGUGUUCGUCGACCCUCGGUAUCGGGGGCUGGGCUUGGGCAAGCGGCUUUUCCUGGAGGCGAUGCGCAGCCUCGCCAGGCGGGGGUUCCGGUUCGCGUUGAUCGUUGUAGAGGACAACGGCACCGGCGGUCUGUUCGGCUUCUACGAAGACAUGGGGUUCGUCAGGGCAGAGGAAGAGUUGGGGUUGCCACGGGCCAUGAUUGCGCCCAUCCCGCCGCCGGAUGGAAUGUAGCCAAGGGUUAAUGUGUGGAGAGCAAGAGGUGGAACAAAAGACGCGGGGGUAAACUUAACAUGGAGUUUGAACUGUUUGUAUGGCGCGCGUGCGGGGGGUCAAUGAUCGUACAUCGUGCGUGUGGUGGGUUGCAAUGUAGAGGUCGGAAGCGACAAUUUGCUAGAGACUGUAAAUAGCGAACUUGUGGCGGUCGUGUGGCAACACCGGUGCUGCGGAUCGAGUUCUGGUCACUCUUUCGUUUGAUAAAAUU